UGCCGCAGUUCCCACGGCGGCCACGGCCCCCGGAAGUCAUGAGACUGGGGCCGCUGCGUCGGGGCGGAAACCUUGUACGGCAGGAAGGUGAUAGCUCCUCCCCGGCGCGGACGCGGCUGCCGCGGUUGCUAGACAACGGGAAUUCGCCUUCGUCACUUCCUCAGCCCGCCGUCUGCCCACUCCGCAGGCCGGAACCCAGGGGCCCGCGGGCAGGGUGGGCAGCCCGCCGUCGUCCGCAGCCCCGCGCCACCGGAGCGGAACCACGCCGUCCUCUGGGAGGACCCCGAGCCGCGGUGGGAAGAUGGCUGCAGACAAGCCUGCAGAUCAGGGAGCAGAGAAACAUGAAGGGGCAGGUCAGUCUUCUGGGAUCACUGAUCAAGAAAAGGAGUUGUCCACCAAUGCUUUCCAAGCAUUCACGGCUGGAAAUUACGAUGCCUGUCUACAGCACCUUGCCUGCCUGCAAGAUAUAAACAAAGAUGAUUAUAAAAUAAUAUUGAAUACAGCAGUAGCUGAGUUUUUUAAAAGUAACCAAACAACAACAGAUAAUUUGAGACAAACACUUAACCAGCUGAAGAAUCAGGUCCACUCAGCUGUUGAAGAAAUGGAUGGGUUAGAUGAUGUUGAAAACAGCAUGUUGUAUUACAAUCAAGCAGUCAUUCUUUAUCACCUGCGGCAAUAUACAGAAGCGAUAUCAGUUGGUGAAAAACUUUAUCAAUUCAUAGAACCUUUUGAAGAAAAGUUUGCACAAGCAGUGUGUUUCUUGCUAGUAGACUUGUAUAUCUUGACCUACCAAGCAGAGAAAGCUUUACAUCUUCUUGCUGUACUAGAAAAAAUGAUUUCACAGGGUAACAGUAACAAGAAUGGAAAGAAUGAGUCUGGUAAUAAUACAAACAAAGAUGGAUCUAAUCAUAAAGCUGAAAGUGGAGCUCUGAUAGAAGCAGCAAAGUCGAAGAUUCAUCAGUAUAAGGUGAGAGCCUACAUCCAGAUGAAGUCUCUCAAAGCGUGCAAAAGGGAGGUCAAGUCGGUCAUGAACACGGCUGGAAAUUCCGCGCCCUCUCUGUUUCUGAAGAGCAAUUUUGAGUACUUAAGAGGCAAUUAUCGAAAAGCUGUGAAGCUGUUAAACAGUUCAAACAUUGCUGAGCAUCCAGGAUUUAUGAAGACAGGUGAAUGCCUAAGGUGUAUGUUCUGGAAUAAUCUUGGUUGCAUCCAUUUUGCCAUGAGCAAGCACAAUUUGGGAAUUUUCUACUUUAAAAAGGCUCUGCAGGAAAAUGACAAUGUCUGUGCACAGCUUAGUGCAGGCAAUACGGAUCCAGCCAAAAAGUUCUCGGGACGCCCCAUGUGCACGUUGCUGACCAACAAGAGGUAUGAGUUGCUGUAUAACUGUGGGAUUCAGCUGCUGCACAUUGGGAGGCCGCUGGCUGCCUUCGAGUGUCUGAUUGAAGCCGUUCAGGUGUAUCACGCAAAUCCCCGCCUCUGGCUCCGGCUGGCCGAGUGCUGCAUUGCCGCCAAUAAGGGGACUUCUGAACAAGAAACAAAAGGUCUUCCAAGCAAGAAGGGAAUUGUACAGAGUAUCAUUGGUCAAGGCUAUCAUCGUAAAAUAGUGUUGGCAUCGCAGUCCAUACAGAAUACCGUGUAUAAUGAUGGACAGUCUUCAGCAAUUCCUGUAGCCAGUAUGGAGUUUGCGGCUAUUUGUCUCAGAAAUGCCUUGUUGUUGUUGCCGGAAGAACAGCAGGAUCCAAAACAGGAAAAUGGAUCCAAAAAUAAUAGUCAAUUAGGUGGGAACCCCGAAAGCAGCGAAAGCGAGACUUGCAGUAAGAAUCAUGAUGGAGAUAAAUUCAUCCCAGCUCCACCCUCUUCUCCAUUGAGAAAACAGGAAUUAGAAAACUUAAAGUGCUCCAUACUAGCCUGCAGUGCUUACGUGGCUCUGGCUUUGGGUGAUAACCUUAUGGCCUUGAACCAUGCGGAUAGACUCCUUCAGCAGCCCAAGCUAUCAGGAUCUCUGAAGUUUUUGGGCCAUUUAUACGCUGCAGAAGCCCUCAUCUCGCUGGACAGAAUAUCCGAUGCCAUUACUCACUUGAACCCAGAGAAUGUCACUGACGUCUCCUUAGGGAUCUCUUCCAACGACCAGGAGCAAGGCUCAGAGAAAGGUGACAAUGAAGCAAUGGAAUCCUCCGGAAAACGGGCCCCUCAGUGCUACCCCAGCUCUGUUAACUCUGCCAGGACUGUCAUGCUGUUUAACCUGGGCAGCGCUUACUGUCUGAGAAGCGAGUACGACAAAGCCCGCAAGUGUCUCCACCAGGCGGCUUCAAUGAUCCAUCCUCGGGAAGUGCCCCCCGAAGCCAUCUUACUGGCAGUGUACCUUGAGCUGCAGAAUGGUAACACCCAGCUGGCCUUACAGAUCAUCAAAAGGAACCAGCUGCUCCCCGCAGUGAAAACACUCUCUGAAAUGAGAAAGAAGCCAGUGUUUCAGCCCGUCCACCCGAUCCAGCCCAUCCAAAUGCCAGCAUUCACUGUACAAAGAAAGUGAUCUUUUCUAGGUUCCUCACGGAAAACUGUUACCUGAGACCCAGGGGAGUGUUCACAGGCCUUUUCAGUUGUAUCAGAGCAAAGUGAAUAAAGAAUGAUGACUGCGAGGUUCAAAGGCACAAUUUUGAAUCAAUUCUAACCCCUGAUUUUUUUUUGCCAGAAGCUUAAAAUUAAGGAUGCACAAAUCCAUUUCAGUCUGUUUUUCUCUAAUCUUGUCUUUAAUCUUUACUAUUAAUUUUGAAUCAUUAUACAAUGUAUUUGUGUCAUGGGCAAUUAAAACAUGGUCUUACCAGAACUCUGUUGUAUAAUACAUUUUCUUAUAACUAUUGUUUUUCUGGAUUUUUGGUUUUAUUCAUUUCUAUUGGUUUUGGGCCACACAUGUAGGGCUUAUUCCUGGCUCUGUGCUCAGGGAGCACCCCUGAGAGGCUCAGGGGUCCAAAGGGGGUGCCAGGGAUCAAACCCAGGUCAGCUGCAUGCAAGGCAAAUGCCCUCCCAGCUGUCCUAUUGCUCCAGACCCCUCCUGUAACUAACUGUAUCAUCUGAGAUUUUGUGUGUUCCAUUUUGGGGGGCGUGGAAGGAUAGUGGUUGGCACCACAUUCAGUGAUGUUCAGGGACAUUUCUAGUGUUCAGGGGUCACUAUUGGCUGCAGUUCCGGGCAUCAGACUGGGGUUGGCCACAUGUAAGAUAAGCUUACCUCACCCUGUACUCUCCAGCUUUGGUGUUCUAAAUUUUGCCAUUGCUUUUUGCUGUGCCAGGGAUAAAAUUCUGGGUCUCAUACAAGCUCACCAUGCUCUCUCCCACUGCUCUCUAGCCCAACCCUGAGAUAAACAUUUGAAAAUUUGACAGGAACUGGAGAGAUAGUUCAUGCAUUCAUUACCAUCCAUGCGGUGCACCCGAGUUCUAUCCUGGGGACCCCAAAUACCGCCCCCAGUCCCUGCCAGGAAUGAUCUCCGAGCACUGCCAAGUGUAGCUCAAAAACAAACCAAAUUGACAGGGCUGGAGAACUAGCACAGCAAGUAGGGCACCUGCCUUACAUAGGGCUAACUCUGAACACCACUGGGUAAGGACAUACCUCCCCCACCCAGGGCCUUCCCCUCCCCCCAAGUAAAAAUGAGAGGAGCCAGAGAAGUAAUGCAAAGGCCUGAGAACGUGCUUCAUGUAUGAGAGGAUGGGGGGGUUGAACCUUAGCGUCUCAUGGUCUCCCAAGUACACCAACAGUUACCUCCAAGUACCUCCAAAGCAUGGCCCCAGAACCUAAAAUACAAAGUAUGUCUUGUAGAUUGAUCAGUUUCCCAUUUAGGACUAUCCCUUGCUGUCUCUGUCCCCAUAUUCUGGGGGCCUUCCUGGCCGUACUUACAGCUGUUCCCUGAGUUCUCUCGGACACAGUCCAGGCAGUGCUCUCUGGGGACCUUGUGCUGGGGAAGCAACCGCAGGGCCCCCUCAGUCAAUCCCUGGUGGCUGGCGUGUGGCUCACUGGCAGAGCCACACAUAUAUGAGUGCAUAUAUGAGACCCUGGGUUUGACUCCCAAUACAGCAUGGUGCCCUGAGCACGGCUGGGAGUGCUCCUGAGCACGGCUGGGAGUGCUCCUGAGCACUGAGCCAGGAAAAGCCCCAAAGCACUGC